CCACCAUUUAACAGCAAAGAGUUCAAAGACUUUCUAGCCCAUCUAGGCGUAAUGCACACUACCUCUAGUCCCUACCACCCACGCUCUAAUGGUAUGAGUGAAAGAGCAGUUCAAGAGGCCAAGAAACUUUUAAAAAAGUGCUCGUUCAGAAUGCCAGACUUCCAAAUGGCUUUACUUGAGUGGCGAAAUACUCCCAGAGAUGCUGUCCUCAAGUCUCCUGUGCAGAGGCUGAUGGGACGACAGACGCGGACGCUGCUACCAGUACCAACAAGCCACCUGGAGCCGGAGACUGUGCCAAGCAAAGCUGUCCACAACCGCCUCAAGGAGAUCCGGCAGCGGCAGAUGACCUUCUACAACCGCAACUCCCGAAACCUGCCGCCAUUGUCACCGGGGCAACAGGUCACGACGUACGACACACGCCAGCGAACCUGGUCGCCAGCCGUCAUCCUGAGACCAGCGGGCACCCCGCGUUCAGCGAUUCUUCAGACUGAAGACGGCCGCGAGAUUCGACGCACAAGAGAGCACCUAAGGGAGGCAGCAUCCCAGCCGGACUCAAGUCGACCUUCCACCGAAGACCGACCGGCAGACCAGGACAUCAACGAGCCCAGUCAAGAGCUACGCAGAAGUACUCGAGAACGCCGGGAACCCUGCCGGUACCCACUGCCCGAAAGACUGUAA